UUGAGAUGAGUUGCUGUCUCAUCGGAAGGCCCAUAUUGUUUUGAGGUUUUCCUUAGAAGGCCAUUCAUUGUACAUGCUUGCUUAAUAUUAAAUCUCAUCGUUGGAGAAACCUAACGCAAAAACUACUUGGUUCCAGUCCAAGCCUGCCAUGGCUGACAAAGAGCCAGAAGUCCAAGACGACCUUGCCGAGUCGCUCAACGAUCUCUUCACCAGCCUCUCUUCAAUGGUCAAAUCAGAACUCCAGGUUUCCGGGACUAACAAUGUUUUGGAGCUAUUGGAGAAGAUGAAUCUGAGAGUGGCUCAAGAGUACAAAGGAUUUGGGGAUGUGGCCUCUGGGUUAAGUGUAUUUGUUGAACAGUUGAAGAACAAGAGUGGGAACUUUGAUGAAUAUGUUCAACAGAUUGAUGCAAUAGAACAGCAAGUGACUGAGUUCGAAGCUGUGAUUUCAGUUCUUGAUAGAUAUGUUUCUCUGUUGGAAUCUAAAGUUCAAUCUGUUUACCAACAUCCACCUCCAUAAAUAGAAUUUUUUUCCUUUUCCUUUUUAAGAUUAAAACCAACUGUUAGUUGAAUGUAAAAUGCCUGCUUUUCUUGUCUUCUGGUUUUUUUUUCUUUGUUCUAUGAACUUCUAAGCAUUUAAAGUGUAGGCCAAAAUCUGUAUGCCUUUUUAUCAUUAUAUAAGUAGUCCGGUUUCAAGUUGUUCAAGGUCCAUAUUAUGCUUUGAAAUUGUGAGGUAUUAAUCAGGAAUUCUGAUUCUUGAUUGAUUGGCAAACCAAUUUGGCAGUGGCUGUCAGCUGUAUUUUCAGUUGAGUUUGGCAAAUUUGGAAUGACGAUGAACCCAGAGAUACUGGUUAUUCUUCUAUUAUAACAGCAUUUGCAGGUCUGCAGUUCAGAUGCUCUACAAAGAUUGUUACAAUAUGUGGUGUUCGUCCUCUGUAUGCUAAAUUUAGUGGGGCUACUAGAAGCAGACCGUAAUUGCUUUGAUGAUCAAAGGUAUAGGAUCACUUAAUUUUCAACUCUACUUGAAAUAGGAAUUCCCAUCAUCAUAAGAAUUCAUCUGAUAUUUAAGCAAAGAAGAUGGGUUUAAACGAAAAUGAUGUUGUCUUCUCCUUAGAGUGCUUAGUAGAUGUGGCAGUGGCUUUGGCUUCCAUGGAAGAGAGGUUGAAGAAGGAAACAAUGAGACUCAAAGAAGGAUUGAAGAACAUUGACAAUGCUAUCAAAUUGUCUGAUUUCUCCAUGAAACCCUUAGUAAUCAAUGACAAUAUUACAACUGUCGGGGCUAUUUUCUUGCCCCCUUGAAUGUCAGAAUCCUAGUAAAAGUUGAGUUAAGGGCUAUGGCGAUUGCUUGGCGUAAUAAGGAGAAUUCUUGUCCAUGGAGACUUUGGAAAUCAUUUGAAGAGCUUGGACAAAUCCGUGAAACUGCUAGAGGUUGUUUAUUGGUUGGAGAUUUUUAGAGAGGCUAAUGGCUUAGUUGAUAGCUUGGCAAAAGCGGUUAUUGGUUGAAAUCAGAUUAUAUAUUUCCUGCUUGUAAUUUGAAGGAUUAGCUUCAUCUUAGCAUUUAUGGUUCGUUUAUUUUUGCUUAUUGUUUUUUUUAACCCAAAA